CACGCCCGGCGCUAGGUGGUACCCGCCCGGCAGGCCGCGGCUCGCCUCCCGCGGCGAGAGUCGGUCGCCCGGCCUGGGGGACUAGCAGGCUCUCGGGCCCGCCCCCGAAGACGUGGAGUGCUGUGGCGGCCGCAAGUUUGUCAAAGAUGAAAGUGACCUUGUCAGCUCUGGAUACUCAUGAGAGCUCUUUCACGCCUCUGGUUGUCAUAGAACUUGCUCAGGAUGUCAAGGAAGAAACCAAAGAAUGGCUGAAGAACAGAAUUAUCAGUAGAAAGAAAGAUGGAGGUGCUCAGCUGUUGUUUAGACCGUUGUUAAAUAAAUAUGAGAAAGAAACACUAGAAAAUCAGAACUUAUAUCUUGUCGGUGCCUCCAGGAUUAGAUUGUUACUGGGGGCAGAAGCAGUGGGAUUGGUGAAAGAGUGCAGUGAUAACACCAUGAGAGCCUUCAUGUAUGGAACCCGGCACAACUUCAAAGGUUUUGAUGAUGAUAAUGAUGAUUUCCUCACCAUGGCAGAACGUCAAUUCAUUAUCAAACAUGAACUUGAAAGUCUUAGAGCCAGAGAUGAAAAAAUGAUCCCUGGUUACCCCCAGGCAAAGUUGUACCCAGGAAAAUCAUUAUUGAGGAGGCUGCUCACAUCUGGCAUCGUGAUUCAGGUGUUUCCACUGCAUGACAACGAAGCCCUGAAGAAGCUGGAGGACACCUGGUAUACUCGGUUUACCUUAAAGUAUCAGCCCAUAGAUAGUAUUCGUGGCUACUUUGGAGAAACAAUCGCUCUUUACUUUGGAUUUUUGGAAUAUUUCACUUUUGCCUUAAUCCCUGUGGCAGUCCUUGGGCUACCUUACUACCUGUUUGUGUGGGAAAACUAUGACAAGUAUGUGGUCUUCGCCUCCUUCAACCUGAUCUGGUCCACAGUGAUCCUGGAAGUGUGGAAGCGCGGCUGUGCCAGUAUGACCUACAGGUGGGGGACCCUGGUCAUGAAGAGACAGUUUGAGGAGCCCCGGCCAGGAUAUCACGGGGUCCUGGGCAUCAAUGCCGUCACCGGCAGGGAGGAACCGCUGUACCCCAGCUACAAGAGGCAGUUGCGCAUUUACCUGGUCUCCCUGCCGUUUGUGUGCCUCUGUCUCUAUUUCUCUCUGUUUGUCAUGAUGAUUUACUUUGACAUGGAGGCCUGGGCCUUGGAUCUACACGAAAACAGCAGGUCCGAGUGGACCAGUAUCUUGUUGUAUGUGCCCAGCAUCAUCUAUGCCAUCGUGAUUGAGAUCAUGAACCGCCUCUAUCGAUAUGCUGCCGAGUUUUUAACUUCAUGGGAGAAUCACAGAUUGGAAUCUGCCUACCAGAAUCACCUAAUUCUGAAAGUGUUAGUGUUCAACUUUUUAAAUUGCUUUGCCUCACUCUUCUACGUUGCCUUUGUCCUGAGGGAUAUGAAGCUUUUGCGUCAGAGCUUGGCUACUCUCCUGAUUACCUCCCAGAUCUUUAACCAAAUUGUAGAAUCUCUUCUUCCUUACUGGCUCCAAAAGAAGCAGCAUGUGAAGGUAAAGAAGAAGGUGCAGGCUUUAAAGGCAGACAUCGAUGCUACAUUAUAUGAACAGGUGGUUCUGGAAAAGGAAAUGGGAACUUACUUGGGCACCUUUGAUGAUUACUUGGAGUUAUUCCUGCAGUUUGGUUAUGUGAGCCUUUUCUCCUGUGUUUACCCACUGGCAGCUGCCUUCGCCGUGCUAAAUAAUCUCACUGAAGUUAAUUCAGACGCCUUAAAAAUGUGCAGGGUCUUCAAACGCCCAUUCUCAGAACCUUCAGCCAGUAUUGGUGUAUGGCAGUUGGCUUUUGAAACAAUGAGUGUUAUAUCUGUGGUCACUAACUGUGCUCUGAUUGGAAUGUCACCACAAGUGAAUGCACUCUUUCCAGAGUCAAAAGCCGACCUCAUUUUGAUCGUAGUAGCAGUGGAGCAUGCACUCCUGGCUUUGAAGUUCAUCCUUGCAUUUGCCAUACCUGAUAAGCCGCGGCACAUCCAGAUGAAACUGGCCAGAUUGGAAUUUGAGUCUUUGGAGGCACUCAAGCAGCAGCAGAUGAAGCACGUGGCCGAGAACCUGAAAGAGGACUGGAGGGAAGGCGGGAAGGAGGAGGCGCCCUGAGGGCCGGUGGAGCCAGCGGGCGCCCUCCCCGCGCGGAGCCCCGCACGCACGCACGCACGCCGCCCAACCUUGCUCUGGAGCCGCCGCUGCCCAGCCUGGCACGUGGGCGAACCGCCAGCUCCCCGGGUUGCCCUCACGGUGACCGUCGGGUCGGCAGGCGGGGCGUCCAGCAAGGUGGCGUUGCCGACGCUCGACGACGCGAGGUGCCUCUCUCUGGCUCUGUCCUGCUCUAUGUUCACAGACCCUUUAUUCACGGAACAGAGGUCACCAAGCUAUUAAAGGCCUCAUGCCCGCC